GCCGCGUUUCUCCUUCACACACACAUUCUCCCCGCCACUCCGCGGGUCCUACCGCUGCUACCCAGUAGUGUAUUCCCGCGGUUGGUGCGUAGUGGCGUUUUUCAUUUUCCUUUCGUUGUUGGUAGUUUCUAACCUCUCCCUCCCUCUCUCUCUCUCUCUCUCUCUCUCUCCCUCUCCCUCUCUCUCUCUCUCUCUCUCUCUCUCUCUCUCUCUUCCCCGCGUACGACCAUCUCUCCCAAGCGUUUGUCGUCGCUCUUUUCACCUCGCUCCCUGCCAUAUCCUUUUUGUUUUCCCGCCUUCCUGUUCGCCUCCUCCUCCUCCGUCUCCUCUUCUCAUUCUUCCUCCUCUCGCCGCCAUCGCGUUGUCAUCGUCCUCCUCCUCUUCUCCGUCUUCUCUAAUCCUCUCUCUCUCUCUCUCUCUCUCUCUCUUCCCUUGACCUCCUCCACGUUGACCGACUCCUCAGGACUGACAUCCUCCUCCUCGUCGCGUCCGUCGGACGUGGCGGCGGGACAACGCGCAAACUGCGCCGCGCCGGCACAUUCCUGUCCUCUCUUUUUUUUUCUUUUUUUUUCUUUUUUUUCUUCUCUUUCUUGUUCUUUCCCUCGAAAUUUUCUUAGAAAGAUUUCUAUCAGAUUAUUAAGGUAGGUUAGUUACCUCUUUGCUUGUGUUUUAUAGAACGGGGUGACACUCUCUCUCAUUCUUUCGCUGGUGGGAAAGUGGCUGGCGGUCAUUCAUUCUUGCGGCGAGUCGGGUCUCGACUCUCAACUGGAUUCGAACGGCUUGUUGUCCAACGCGUCAUUCUUUCGAUUGAUUGGUGCGUCGAAGGACAGAGUGGUGUGUGACACGUGUCGCUCCUCAGGUACUGGAUUCCAACGGCUUGUUGUCCAACGCGUCAUUCUUUCGAUUAAUUGGUGCGUCGAAGGACAGAGCGGUGUCUGACACGUGUCGCUCCUCAGGGUUCGACACCAAGUCGGGAUUGGCAGUCUGCAUGAAUGUACGAUCGUCCCGACCACAAGAACUCCAAGUCGGGAUUGCGCCAUUAGUGAUAUAUAUGGCAAACUGCAAGUCUUGAAAUUCGAAGCUUGCGCGAUAGAGUAUCCUCCCUCGUGCCCUUAACAAUUUGCAAUGAAGUAGAAUGAACAACUUACUCUGUCUACCUUAAGCGAUCCGUAGCGUGUGUGUGUGUGUGUUAGAGAGAGAGAGAGAGAGAGAGAGAGGGGGGGGGGGGAGAGAUGGAGCAGAGCGGGGGAGAAGGGGGGGAAUCAGGGAGCAAGGGGGGGGGGGGGCCGGGGGGGGGGGGGCCAACGCCAAGUCCGUUCUUUCGAGGUUCGUUGAGUCGGGGGGCUUCGUUCGAGUCGUUGGAUGUUAGCGUGAUGGAUGGAAAUGCGAGUGAGUCGGAGCGCAGUGAGCGCGGGGCUCCGCGCAGCGCGUCAUUGACGGGCGCGGAAACCCCUUCUUUGGGUUCGGACUCCGACGGUUAUGCCAUGAGGUCGUCGAGCAUGGAGAGCAUGAUGCGCUUGGGCGUGCACACUAAGCGCCAGCUGGCGGCUUCGAAGUCGGGCGCCAGCGAUCAUCACUUCUUCUCACAUCAGGACUCAACGGGGAAAAAUUUGAAGUGUGCCAUUUGCCGCGAGAAGGUGGGUGUUAAUCAGAACGGCACGGUCUUUAUGCCCUGCGACUGCAGCUUCCCUGUUUGUCGGCCUUGUUACGAGUACAUUAGGGAGCAUGAGGGAGGUAGGUGUCCUAACUGCCACGUGCUGUACAGGAGGAUGGCAGGAAGCCCGUCCGUGCCGUCGGAUCCCCCCGUGGCAGGCGGAGAGGCGUCGCUGAUGGGCGCAGUGUCGCGCGGGUCGGGCGAGAUGAGUAUGCGCGGCCGCGGAGUGGAUGCGGCGACCGCCAAGGAUCUGAUGGGCGGCGUCUCCGAUCGCGGCGGGCCUGGCGGACCCGGCGGUUUGUCGAUGGGUUCCAUGGCCUCUCAGGGCGUUGGUGGGCUGAGCAAGCGCCACGGCGCCAGCGAUGAUGCUUACGGCUAUGGAAGCUGGGAAGAGGCACAGAAGCACAACUUGGGAAGCUCAAGCGGGGGCGAUGGCGUCGGGCGCGGGCGUGGCAGCGGCGCAGGCGGACAAAAUGCAGCCCUGUCCGACGACGACUUGGCUCUCUCGAAGAUUGUCUACUUCCCUCAGUCCAUGAUUCUGCCUUAUAGAUUAACGAUUAUCUUUCGGUUCUUUGUCCUCCUUGCCUUUUUCCGUUACCGUAUUAAUAACCCGAAUGAGAAUGCGUACUGGCUGUGGGCGAUCUCGGUCGCCUGCGAGAUGUGGUUCGCGCUGUCGUGGAUUCUCGAUCAGACGCCCAAGUGGGCGCCCAUCACGCGGGAGACGUUCCUGGACCGUCUUGCGGCCAGGUUCGAAAGACCUGGCGAGCGAAGCAAGCUGCUUCCCGUUGACGUCUUCGUCAGUACUGCGGAUCCGGAAAAGGAGCCGCCUUUGGUCACCAUGAACGUCGUCCUGUCCGUGCUGGCUAUGGAUUACCCUGUGGACAAGAUUGCGUGUUAUCUCUCCGACGACGGGGCGGCGAUGCUGACCUUCGAAGCGCUGACAGAGACGGCAAGCUUCGCGCGAAUGUGGGUGCCGUUCUGCAAGAAGCACGAGAUUGAACCGCGCGCGCCGGAGAUGUACUUCCAACAGAAGUUCGAUUACACCAAAGGCAAGACGCAGCCCGACUUCAUCCGAGACCGAAGACAAGUGAAGCGCACCUACGACGAGUUCAAGGUCCGCAUCAAUGCCUUGAUUGCUAAGUCGAGGACACCCCCCCCGGAAGGGUGGAGGAUGGCGGAUUGCUCCCCCUGGCCGGGGAACAACCGCGGCGACCACGUGGGCAUGAUCCAGGUGUUCCUGCAGCCGGACGGAGAUACCAAGGACGUCAACAACGAGCCCCUCCCUCGGCUGGUGUACGUGUCUCGUGAGAAGCGCCCCGGGUACGAGCACAACAAGAAGGCCGGUGCCAUGAACGCCCUCAUGCGCUCCAGCGCUCUCAUCACCAAUGGCCCGUUCAUUCUGAAUCUCGACUGCGAUCACUACGUGAACAAUGCCAGGGCAGUGCGUGAAGCCAUGUGCUACCUGAUGGAUCCGUUCGUGGGGGCGCAGACUUGCUUCGUGCAGUUCCCUCAGCGGUUUGACGGCGUCGAUCGCAGCGAUCGGUACGCCAAUCACAACACCGUGUUCUAUGACGUCAACAUGAAAGGUUUGGACGGGUUCCAGGGGCCCAUGUACGUGGGAACGGGCUGUGUGUUCCGACGGCAGGCGCUGUACGGCUUCCUCCCUCCCGUGCCCAAAAUAGGGGGAGACAAGCGGAGCUGUUGCUGCAAGUACUUCUGCUGCUGCUUCUCUUGCUGCUUCGGCUCCUCGCGCAAGUCACGCGACAUGAUGGAUCGCCGCCAGCAGCUCAUGACAGCUGUCAUUCCCGGAGACCAGGACGACGAGAGGAUGAACCUGGUCCCCACCACGUGGCAUCAGCAAAGGUUCGGCAGCUGUGCCAACUUCGUUGCCACUGUCGUCGACGCGGAAGGCAGCGUUCCCGACGUUGACCCCUAUCAGGUCCUCAGCGAUGCGAUCUUGGUCAUAUCCUGCGGGUACGAGGACGACACCGAGUGGGGAAAGUCGGUGGGGUGGAUGUAUGGGUCUGUCACAGAGGAUAUCGUCACGGGCUUCAUGAUGCACGUGAACGGAUGGAGGUCGAUCUACGCGAUUCCGAAGAGACCGGCGUUCAAGGGGUCGGCGCCCAUCAAUCUGACCGACAGGUUGGGCCAGGUGCUUCGUUGGGCGACAGGAUCCGUGGAAAUCUUCUUCUCCCGCCAUAACCCCAUCACCUUCCACUGGAUGAAGCACCUCAUGCUCCCUCAGCGCUUCGCGUAUGUCAACACCUCCGUCUACCCAUUUACGUCCAUCGCGCUCAUCGUGUACUGCUUCCUGCCGGCUGUCUGUCUGUUCUUCGACGAAUUCAUCGUCGCCGACAUCACCGACGUCGCCGUGCUUUACUUCUUGGGCCUGUUCAUCACCAUCUUCAUGACUGCCAUCUUAGAGCUUCGAUGGAGCGGCGUGGCGCUCGAGGAGUGGUGGAGGAACGAGCAGUUCUGGGUCAUCGGAGGAACGAGCGCGCAUCUUGCCGCCGUCUUCCAGGGAAUGCUAAAGGUGCUCGCCGGUGUAGAUACGUCUUUCACGCUCACGCAGAAAGGUAGCGAAGACGAAGAGGACGAGUACGCUGAGCUCUAUGCCUUCCGCUUCACAUGGCUAAUGGUGCCGCCUACCACCAUCGUCCUUGUCAAUCUCCUCGCAUGCUUUGCUGGUGUCUCUCGUACCAUCUACACCUCCGAUAAUCAGAACUGGGGGCGGUUGAUGGGAAUGACGUUCUUCUCGUUCUGGGUGGUCAGCCAUCUUUAUCCCUUCGUCAAAGGUCUCAUGGGUAAGAGCAACAGAACACCUACCAUCGUCAUCGUCUGGUCCGUUCUUCUUGCAAUCAUCUUAUCGCUCCUUUGGGUGCACUUAAUCAAGGACUAGAGCCAGAGAAGAGAGAGAAAGAGAGAGAGUGCGUAAGGACGGUCGUCAUUCGACCAUACUCAUCGUCUGCUCCGUCCUUCUUUCAUCAAUCAUCCUGUCUCUGAGUUGGGUGCAUUUGAUCAAAGAGUAGAGAGAGAGAGAGAGAGAGAAGGGUAGGGUAGGGAAGGUUGACAGGCAUUCUUCGAUCGUGUUGUGGUCUUCUAACUUGCCGUGAUUGUAUCGUUGUUUGGGUGCGUGGAAUGAGUAGGGAGUAGAAUGUAGAUGGAUGCGUGACACUGUCUGAUCGUUUAGGAUCGCUAUCCUUCUCCUUCUAUCACGUGGCUGGGUGCGUGUGGCGAGGAAAAUAGUUUUGUGUGUUGAAAUGCGCUCCACCUAGGUGCACGUCAUGAGACGGAAGGAUUAGGGGUUGGGAAUACAACCACAACUCCACAACUACGACUGUGACAGCUCCUGUGAUUGCUGAUAUAGACGGUGUGUGUGUAGAGACGGAGGAGAAGGCAAUCUUCUGCCUAUUCUCUGAGUGGAUGGAUUUGGUCAGGAGGAAGCUGUUUCUUCCAGAGCUGCUGUCGCUCGUCUGCAGCGUUCAUCGAGUAGAGCGUAGGCGAACUCAUCCGCCCUCCAGUGUCUUGUAGAAGAACAGAAGAUUACAGUGAGUUCAAUCCUCACUUUCCCUCCCCUUUCUCUCCCUCCCCUCCUCUUCCUCACCCUCCUCUUCCUCACCCUCCUCUUCCUCACCCUCCUCUUCCUCAUCCUCCUCUCCCUCACCCUCCUCUCCCCGUUGACCAUCUCUCUCUCUCUCUCUCUCUCUCUCUCUCUCCUGCUGUAGUACGUAUUCUAGAGUUGGGCAUCUGCUAGCUCCCUCGUUCUGUCCAUUUGUCUUGCGCAGCGUUAAUCGGACCUUGUAAUGAUUAGUGGUUCAGUUGGAUUAUUGUUAGAUUAUGUUAACAUAAUCAGAAUUUCAGUAGAGUUACCUGGUGUUUAUUUUUUUAUCACAAGUUUUUGUUUAUUUUUAACGGCUCAGCAGAUUAACGAUAGCUUGUUUGAAUAACGAUAGCUCCUCGUGUCCAUCCGUCUUACCCCUCCCAUACUACCAUCGUCGUCUGUCCGACGCGAAGAGACUUUCUCCGUGUCAUGACCGUUGUUGCCAUUACCUUCAGUCCUAGAGAGACAGAUCAUCGGAUCCCAACGCAGCCAGUUUCUGAGAGAGAGCCAUUCUCCGAGAGCGACAUCUCGGCCACACCGUGCAUGCCUUCCCAUCUCUCUCUCUUUCUCUCUCUCUCUCUCAUUGUGUUAGCACUAGGCUAAUUGUCUUCCAGUCUCUCAUACAGCUGCUGACUAUUGUAUUGUCACACUGUGGUCUCAUCGUCUGUUUAGACGCAUGUAAUUUUCCGUUCGUGAUUUGUUCGAGUGCCUUUACCAUGUCGAUCGUCAUAAAAUUGCAAAUAUCUGACUUCGAUUGGUACUUGAUUAGCAUUAAUAAUCAUUAAUCUGUCCCUCGUGGCUGCGAUAUGAAAUAUCUAUUGCACGCGUACUCGUGUGCUUUCUGUGCUUCGCCGUUAUUCUGUGCGCUUCAUCUGUCCGAUGCGUCUUUGCACGCUACUGCAAGGCGAGCGAAUGCAUGUGGAUGGAAUUGCGGUGGACAUUCAUCUGCAGGGUUUUUUAUCGAAUACAUGCGGAUGUCACUCACAUUUCAUUGGCAGCGUGUGCAUUUGCUUGCGGUAUCUAACUCUUAUCCUAUCCUGUGGUCUACAAGAGACGACGACGGCGCCGUGGCGUGAAUCACCGCCCUUCAAGUAGAUAUAGAUUCACUGUUUGUUGCUUCUCUUCUGCCCAAAUGCUUGUUUUCUGUUCCGUUUUUGUUUUUUACUCCUGUCGGCGGAAGUACUUGCUUUGGUCUUUCAUCUCUUUUCUCUGGAUUAUCGCAUACUCGCACACAAGGACUUUUUCGACAAAGCUCUGGACCUGAUUGCGGUCAGAUUCGUCCACGUCCAGUCGUUAUUUCGGUCUGAUUAAUUUUGCAGAAGGGCCAGUGUGAGUAUGCAUGCCCCCUUAGUUAGGUCCUGCUAUCUCAUCGUUCUCUCUCAGAGCAGAUGUGCCUAGGAUCACUGCUUGUUGGUGGGAUGGGCCCCAAUGCUCUUUACCUUCUUCUGUACAUGGCUACACAGGCUGACCAGAUUUGGAUGUCAACAGUCCUGCCUCGAAUGCGGAAGGCUUCCAUCCGUGUUUUUGUGGCCAUUUCAGAUCUCGAGGGUGCUUGCACCAGGGUGAUUCUUCGCUGCGGUGCAUGUGGGUCAUAAUGGAGGUGUGCAGAUACAUACGUGCUCGCAUAUUGUGAGCAAAUGAUAUUGUGAGCAAAUGAUAUUGUGAGCAAAUGAUAUGUCAAUCCUCUGUAUCUCUCCGGUUUUCUCACUGGGUGCAGUCCCCUGCUUGCUGCAGUCGCUUGCCUGAGGGGGCACGCACAUCAGGACAAAUCUUGACCGCGCGUGUAGUUUUUCAACAUUGUUGAAACCUGAGCAAAACCCUUCAAUAACUGUGGAUUGUUUUUGCCUUUUCUUUUUCUUCUUCUUGACGUGUAGGCAAGAUUGUUGUGGAGUUCUGUGCAAGCGUCAGAAAGGGCAUUUAAGUAAGUGUGGGAAUUUUGAACAUGUUCUUCUUCGUCUUCUUCUUGUACGUCUUUUCUUCUUUGACUUCUACUUAACGCGUACGAGAAUGUGCGCAUUAAUGAGACUUGUACAUGCAGAUCUGUAACGAAUUGCUUGGGAAGCGUGUACAGAAGGCGGCUCUGCCGAUUCAUCUUCUUCUUCUUCUUCUUCUUCUUCUUCUUCUUCUUCUUCUUCUUCUUCUUCUUCUUUGGUUAUGGGAGCAGGACAGGUGAUUGCCUGUCAUCUGUUUGACGGUUUGACCCGGAAGCAGGCACUGCGAGAGCGAGAGUGAGAGUGAGAGUGAGAGUGAGAGAGAGUGAGAGAGAGAGAGAGAGAGAGAGAGAGAGAGAGAGAGAGAGAGAGAGAGAGAGAGAGCUUCAUCCUCAUGUUGCUUCUCCGGUCUGGACGUACUCUUACUUCCAGACAGACCAGCCCGAUAGCCUGUCGCUCGCUCGCUCUGCGUGAGAGCAGCUUUGUUGGACAGGUGGUUCUCUGCUAAGGUGUUUUGUUUGGUUGGAUGUUUGCCGGCUUCUCAAUUCACUCGUCUUCAUGAGAUGGCCUCUUCGGUAGUUGUUGCAUAACUAUCGUUGGUGCAGUAGAUAGUGAGGAGGUUGAAUCCAGGUUGAGCUGCAUCUGGUCGUGUUUUUCGUUUAAGUGCGAUGGCAGUGUAAGUCUUUGCUCGUUACGGCGUCUUACUUGGUGCAAUAAGUAGGUGGGCAUGGUUAUAGGAGCAUGCAACAGCAUGCAACAGAAGAUAGACAGACAUGUCCUUAUCCGUCCUCAGCGUUUUUUCAUCAUAAUAAGCCAGAGGAAGCUGUGUUUUUGCCGCUCUCUGCAAAGAGAGAGAGAGAGAGAGAGAGAGAGAGAGAGAGAGAGAGAGAGAGAGAGAGAGAAGCUGUGUUUUUGCCGCUCUCUGCAGAGAAUGGGUAUGUUCUCGGGCUUUUUUCCCCCCCCUCUGAUGAAGAAGAUGGACAUGUUCUUCGCCUUGGCUGGAACACAGUUGUUUCUUCAGAAGGCAGAGGAAGGUGUGUUGAAACUACAACGAUAAAGACAGGUGGUAGACAUGUUCUUCGCCUCAGGGUAUAAUAAAUUAGCGAUGGAAAUGUAUUGCGUGAUAAGAGGAGCCGUGGACAAACCGGAGGGAGUUGCAACGAAAGAGUAAAUAAAAGGAGGGAGGGAGUAAAUAAAGAAUGAAUGAAUGUGGCGGUUUGCAAGUGUCAGGUGCAUGCACUUUUGAGGAGAGAGAGUUGCUUUUGUAAUGAAUUAGAACUAUUUGAAGAUGGGCAGUGUGGUCUCUUUGCCUGUAUGAUUGAUUGGUUGGUUGGUUGGUUGGCUGGUUGGCUGGUUGGGGAUCGGGUCGUUGAUUCAUGUCCUUUUUGUCUACACGGAGAGGGGCAGUCUGUUCAUAGCAGGGCGUCGGACCUCAGGUUACUUAGGUGUGGAGUAGAGGGAAGUCUUGUUUUGGUUCUGCUACUUCGUUUGACAGAGAGGGAACUUUGCCUCUGAGACUGUCUGUGUGUGUGUGUGUGUGUGUGUGUGAGAGAGAGAGAGAGAGAGAGAGAGAGAGAGAGAGAGAUGAUUUUCUUGUUCCCGCCUUUGGAACAAGAAAUGUUAGAUGUAAUCCCUCCUUCCGUCCCUCUCCCUUUAUUCAGGUUUUAACUCUGAAUGUCUGGCGUUCUGGUGGGGGUGGCGGAGAAGCGAGCGUUUGCUUUGUUUUCCUUGGGAUACGAAUCACGUUUUGAACGGUGCAUGCACUGCAUGGACAUGUAACUGUCAAACUAUGAGAAGGAGACGUUGACUUCCUAACGUUUGCUUCGAUUGCUUUGUAUCUGAUCGAAAGAAGGUAUUUUAAGGACAUCCACCUGUCUGCUUCCCCUCCUGAUUCCCUUGCUCGUGAUCUCCUUGCUCCUCCUGAUCCCCUUGCUCUUUCUCCAGAUCCUUCAUAUUUGCAAGAUAUACCAUGCAUAUAGCUCU